AAUGCAAGUGUAAUUACCCAACAACAGGCACUUUAGAUAAAAUGGUGUUGUGCUUUUGUGAAUUUUAUCAUUACUGAAUGGUAAAAAUUGUUUAAUAAUUAUCAGGGAACUGUUAUUUUAUUACUGCGAGUAAUAAUUAUAGAAAUACUGUAGAUUCCAUGGCAUUUCCACUAAAUGACCAAGUCUAUACAAAAUCCUUUACUCCCAGGGAGUACGAGGUAGAACUUCUUUAUGCAGCAAAAGAAAAAAAUAUAAUUGUUUGUUUGGGAAAAAAUUCCGAGCAAACCUUUCUUUCUAUAAAAUUGAUUCAAGAGUUUGCUACCAACAAUAGAAGAUUAGUAAGUAAUGGUGGAAAACGAGCGAUCUAUAUAUUAAAUGACAAAGACAAAUGUACAAUAAUAGGAACUUAUAUAAAGCAAUUAACAGAUCUGAAAGUAUUAGCGUGUGAUUCUGGUGUACUUGAGGGAUUUGACAAAAGUUUUGAAAGUUCCCACGUAUUAGUUGGAACGUCAAAAGUCUAUGCACAAUUAAUAUCAGAAAGCAAACUUUUACCAUGUCACAUUAAUCUAGUCAUAGUAGAUGAGUGCCAUAAGUCUAUUGAAGAUAGCAAUUUAAAGUUUGUCCUGCAAACUUUUCUAUUGUGCAACAAUGUUCCUAGAAUAAUCGGAUUAGCGGUACCAGUGUUUAAUUUGACACAAGAACCUGGAAGAUUAGGCUUAGAAAUAGAAAAAGUAGAGGCUGCUUUCCAGUGUGAAGUAGAAACCGCUAAUGAUAUUCUGUCAAUAAUACGUUAUAGUCCAAAACCAAGAGAGUAUGUUGUGGAGUAUGAUAGAGGAGAAAAGAAAGACUUGUAUGAUACGCUUAAAAGUUGUGUAUCACAUGCAAUUGAAUUUUUACGUGAUCAUCGGUAUGAUCCAAUGGAAAUUUAUACUGAAGAAUUUUAUGAGGAUAUUCAAAAAAUUCCUGAUCCCAUACAAAAGCCCUUUGAGAUGAUGCAAGAUUUUUUGCAUAUAUUAGAAACUCUUGGACCAUGGUGUGCCGAUCGUGCUGCUUUAACAUUGCUAUUUUUAACGGAAAAAUUGAAGAUCAAAACUCCUUACGAGAGACAUUAUCUUUUAUUAAAUAUGAUAACAUCUGUUUUUAUAAAAAUUCGUGCCCUUUGUGAUAAUGAAUUUCAACAUUUGUCUGAGAAAGAAAGGAUAUAUCAAUAUAGUACUCCAAAAGUUCAUCGAUUAUUGCAAAUCUUAAAAAUUUACACUCCUUUUUAUAUUAAAGAGACUACCACUCCAGAGAAAAAGGCAAGUGCUGAUAUUAAUUCAAAAAAUUGUAUCACAAAAAGUGACAAAAAUAUUUCUUUCUCGAGAACUCAGGAAAAACCUAUGCAGUUGAAAAAGUUAGGAGGUAAUUGGAGAUCUAACGAUGAUAAUUACAAAAAACCGUUCAAAUUGCAACGUUACUCUUGCAGUGGUACAGAUCCCGAUCUGCUUUGUGGAGUAAUUUUUGUGGAUAAGGGAUUUACAGCUAAAAUUUUAUUUUACUUAUUAAGCGAAAUAUGUAAACAUGACGAAGAUUUGCAUUUUUUAUCACCUCUUUAUACAAUUGAAAGAAAUACUGAUGAUGUUGGUUAUUCGAGAGAUCUAGAAAUGGGACAUAGGAAACAGGAAGAAGUCUUAAAACGGUUUAGAAUUCAUGAGUGCAACUUAUUGAUUGCAACUUCAAUCUUGGAAGAAGGCAUUGAUAUUCCAAAAUGCAAUUUUGUAAUGAGGUAUGACUUUCCGAAGAAUUAUCAGUCAUAUAUACAAUGCAAAAGUAGAGCAAGAGCCAUGGAUGCCUUGCAUGUAUUAUUGGUGCCACAAGAAGCAUCUAAAGAAUUUAUAUGGCAGUUGGCUCAAUAUCAAUAUAUAGAAAAGACUUUAUUAUUAAAAUGUUCUAAUAAAGAGCUGACUGAAGACGAAGAGAAUGAAGCAGAUAUGUAUGCUGCAAUGAUACCACAUUACAAACCACUUGAUGGUGAUGAUGCUCCUAAAGUAACUUUUAAUUCUGCCAUUUCGCUAGUUAAUAGGUAUUGUGCGAAAUUACCUAGCGAUACUUUUACGAGAUUAACACCAGAGUGGCGUAUUGAAACAGUGAAUAUUCAUGAUAUAAUGAUGUAUAUUUGUUUUCUACGACUUCCCAUAAAUUCACCAUUGAAAUAUGUAAUUACGUCAUACCCAAUGCCGAAUAGAGCGAUGGCUAGACGUAUGGCUGCUUUGCAAAUGUGCAUCGAUCUACAUCGAGAAAACGAGAUAGACGAUAAUUUGUUACCUAUCGGAAAGGAAAACUUUAAAGCCAAGCCUGAAGAUGCAGAGGUACCUGCUUUGCCAGAUGAAAGCAGAGCUGAUUUUUCAGAAGCUAGACCAGGGACGACAAAACGGAGACAAUAUUACUAUAAAAAAACAGCUGAGGCAUUAACAGAUUGUAGACCAAUAGUUGGAGUACCAUCUUAUCUGUAUCAUAUAAAUAUGGUGCUAAGUUGUCCUUUACCUGAAGAACAAAAUACACGAGGCAGACGCAUUUAUCCUCCUGAAGAAUCAGCUAUUGGAUUUGGCAUACUUACAUUAAAGGAGAUACCUAAGUUGUGUCCCUUCCCUAUUUAUACUAGAUCAGGCGAAGUUCAUGUGCAAUUAAAACUUAGUAAGAAGACUGUAAUCCUGGACGAGUUUCAAAUAGAAAGAGUUGACACUUUCCUUAAUUAUACUUUUACAAACGUUUUAAGAUUGCAGAAAUAUCUAAUGCUUUUCGAUCCAAAUGCUUCCGAGAAUUCAUAUAUAAUUGUACCAGUAAAAAUAUUCGCAACAUGUGAAGGGUCAGAUAUUAGCGUAGAUUGGAACUUUUUGGAAUGCAUUUAUCAGAACAGAAAUGCGGUACCAACCAAGAUUCCAGAAGAAGAUAGAAAAAAUUUCAAAUUUGAUCCAUCCAAAUAUUACGAUGCUGUAAUCAUGCCGUGGUAUAGAAGUCAAGAUCAACCACAGUAUUUCUAUGUAGCGGAAAUAUGCACAAACUUAAAUCCAAAGUCUUCUUUUCCCGGACACGAUUAUAGUACUUUUGAAGAAUAUUACUAUAAGAAGUAUGGCAUACAAAUACAAAAUUUAGAACAAUCGUUAUUAGAUGUGGAUCAUACAUCAGCUAGACUAAACUUUUUAACCCCUAGAUAUGUAAAUCGCAAAGGUGUUGCAUUGCCUACAAGCAGUGAAGAAACCAAACGCGCAAAGAGAGAAAAUUUAGAGCAGAAACAAAUUCUUGUUGCUGAAUUAUGCGCCAUUCAUCCUUUUCCAGCGUCUUUAUGGAGACAAGCGGUCUGCUUACCCUGCAUAUUGUAUAGAAUUAAUGCUUUAUUACUUGCUAAUCAAAUACGAUGUCAAGUGGCAUAUAUGAUAAAUUUAGGACAACAAAAUUUGAAUUUAGAUUUUGAAUGGCCGGCGUUAGAUUUUGGAUGGAGCUUGGCAGAGGUAUUGAAAAGGUCAAAGGAAACGGAGAAAACGAAGCAGGUUAAAAGUGAAAAUGCACAAGACAACUCGUCUUCAAACAGUAUAGAUAUCAGUAAAUGUCAGAAUACGAUAUCUGGUCAAGACACAAAUAAUAAACAAUACACAUUGUGCAAUGAGAUUGAGAAACAAAUAAAACUGGAAUCCGACAACGCACGAACCGAUGAAGAAACGGAAGAAGAUAUUGCCGAUGAGCAAAAAGAUGAUGAGCUGGAGAUUGGUACAUGGUCAAACGACAUGGCAUGGUCAAACGACGUGACUAUGAGUAUGGAUUAUGAUGCGGAUAAUAUGAAAUCGUUUCCUCUAAAUGUGACAGUCUUGCCGCAAAAUUUCGGUUGGAAUGAUAUUCGAUAUGGUUCGCCAACGUACGAAUCUGAUUUUGAUGGUUACGAAUCAGAUGACAUAUAUAGCGAUGGCUUUGCUGACACAUCUGACGAGAGUGAGGAUGAAAGUAGAGGUUUGAAGAUCUCUUAUAUGGGUGAAAAUGUCGCCGAAGCUGUAGAAGACGAGAAACAAAUAUGUAAGCAGGAAAUUAACAAAAAGAUCUUGGAUCUUUUGGAAACAGAAAAGAAUUUUGAUAAUAACUUUUGGAUGUAUACAGAGAAGGACGAAGAGUUAUUACUUGUGAAACAUAAGGAAGCGCAUUAUGAAUUCGCUAAGAGAAAAGAACACGAUAUAAUGAUCGACGGUACUUUUAUAUCUUAUAAUUCUGAAAUUGCAAUUAAAAGGAAGAAUUCGUCGAGUUGCCAAAUUGAAAGUAAAGAACCGAAUUAUAAACACAAAGAUUAUAUAGAAACUGUUGUAAAAAGAUUUACUGACCAAGUAUUAAAUAGGAAGCCUACUGUACCUACUUGCAUGAUAAAAAAAGAGAUUAACAAGCUAAAUGAAAAAAAUUAUUUAAAUAACGAUCUCUUUAGUUUUGAUUAUCAACCGGAAUUAAAAGGUCAUUCAGGACCAAGUCCUAGUCUGAUCCUCCAAGCUUUAACAAUGUCAAAUGCGAAUGACGGCAUUAACUUGGAGCGAUUGGAAACGAUUGGUGACUCAUUUCUCAAAUAUGCUAUAACCACAUAUUUAUAUUGCACAUAUGACAAUAUUCACGAAGGGAAACUCAGUCACUUGAGAUCAAAACAGGUCAGCAAUUUGAAUCUUUACAGACUCGGCAGACAAAAAAUGCUUGGCGAGAGCAUGAUAGCAACAAAAUUCGAGCCGCAUGACAAUUGGCUCCCUCCUUGCUAUUAUGUCCCCAAGGAACUUGAGCAAGCAUUGAUCGAAUCUGGUGUUCCUUCUGCUCUGUGGAAUCAAGCUGACAUUCCUACUUUGCAAGCUAUGAAUCCAACCGAAAUAACUCAACUCGUUAAAGAGACUGAGGAAAAACUUGUGAUUAUGAAAAGUGAAUUGGAUAAAAACGAAAGUAGGCUGUCAAACAAUUUAGAUAAUUUACGAUGCUUCAUACCUUACAAUUUAAUCACGCAGCACAGUAUCCCAGAUAAAAGUAUCGCGGACUGUGUAGAGGCUUUGAUAGGAGCAUAUUUAAUUGCAUGUGGACCUCGUGGGGCGCUUCUCUUUAUGACUUGGUUAGGAAUUCAUGUUUUGCCUACCGAAGAGAUUUGCGUGAUAAGCGAAAAUGAACCGAAAGAAAGGAUACCCGGUAGUACGCCAUAUAUAAAGGGAGUUAAUGAAUAUAGGGAAACUACAUGGACGCAAAUUUGUUAUGGAAAGUUGGAAGAGCCGCAAAAUCCAUUACUCCGUUACAUUCCUGACCCGGAAAGUGAGUUGUAUAUGAUGCUCGAUGGAUACGAAGAAUUAGAAAAAAGUAUAGGAUAUAAAUUUCGUGAUAGUAGUUAUCUUUUGCAAGCGUUCACGCAUGCCUCUUACCAACCAAAUAGAUUAACAGAUUGCUAUCAACGUUUGGAAUUUCUUGGCGACGCUGUAUUAGAUUAUUUAAUAACUAGACAUUUAUACGAGGAUUCCCGGCAACAUUCGCCAGGUGCUUUAACAGAUUUAAGAUCCGCUUUAGUCAAUAACACGAUAUUUGCUUCUUUAGCUGUGAGGUGCGGUUUUCAUAAAUAUUUCCGUCAUCUCUCUCCUGGGCUAAGUGUGGUAAUAAAUCGCUUUGUUAGAAUACAGGAAGAAAAUGGACAUUCCAUUAGCGAGGAGUAUUACUUAAUUGGCGAAGAGGAAUGUGAGGAAGCCGAAGAUGUAGAAGUUCCAAAGGCAUUAGGUGACGUUUUCGAAUCAUUAGCCGGCGCUAUUUACUUGGAUAGCGGAAUGUCUCUCGAUGCAGUGUGGAGUGUUUAUUACACGAUAAUGAAAUCAGAAAUUGAACAAUUCAGCACAAAUGUCCCCAAAUCUCCAAUUCGCGAAUUAUUAGAAUUAGAACCUGAAACGGCAAAAUUCGGUAGGCCUGAGAAAUUGGCUGAUGGCCGUAGAGUCCGAGUAACUGUAGACGUGUUUGGUAAGGGUUCUUUUAAAGGAAUCGGACGAAAUUAUAGAAUCGCAAAGUGUACAGCGGCUAAAUGCGCUUUGAAGAAAUUAAAAAGUAGAAUACAGAAUUAUUCGAGACAAAAACUAUGAUAAAGUUUGUAAAAGGAAAAAUUUAUGAUAAAUUUCUUAUUUUCAAAGAAUUGUUGGGACAUUUAAGUCUCAACUCAAGAUUAUUACGACGAGUAUACUUAUUACAAUGUUUAAAGUAAUCUGCCGCUGGACAGAACGUAUAAGCACAAUAUAACGACUUCGAUUGAAACAACACAAGUCUUAACGAAGAAGCUGUUGCAUUGAGCCUAAUCGUAUUAAUUGUUCCAACAGCGAGUUGGAUAUAAUAUGAAAUAUGAAUAAAUAAGCUAUUUACAUGUGACUGAUAAUAAAGUUUAAAGAUGGGAGAGGUAGAUAAUUUGAAAUAUUUUAUUUAGUAUUAUGCAAUGCAUCAAAUGCAAUGUUAUCUUGUCUUUGAUAAUCGAAUAGAUAUCUUUUUAGGUAUCGAAUAUUGAGAUAUCGAAGAUAAUUUUAGAUAUCGAAUUUAUAUAAAUCUAUUCUUUAACAUUUCUUUAAAAAUUAGACAGUCUUUAUUUCAUCUCUUUUUACAUUCUCUUCAAAACACGUUUAUUCGAGAAUAUAUCUUAACGUACAACAUUAAAAGAUUUUGAGAACGCAUCACAUUUUUUCAGUUCAUUUUAGGUUUGUUGAUUUGCCAAAAUAUUUUAUAUAAUUGUCAUUGUCUCAAAACUCUAGUCAUGCUAGCGUUGUUGAUCGUUUUAUAAUCUCUAUUUACAUUGUAUGUAUAUAGUAACAAAAUUAAUCCGGAAACGGUCAUUCCCAUAUGUAGUGUAAAGUAAUCGCGUGUUAAAUUCAUAUAAAACUGUUUUUAUUGUCUUUUGAUCGUUUGUUAUAAAUUUUUCUUGAAA